CGAUGUCACGGUUGUCGACACUCGGCGCGACUACUUGGAAACGAUCCUCGAGUUUUUGCCGUUGAAAAAGCGCGCGGGGAGCUCCGAAUGUUCCGGGACGAGUCGAGUGUGACAAACGAGCCCCGAAAGACGAGAACCGGUCGCUCGCUCACUUUUCACGCUCGUAAGAAAACUAUGCAAGGGGAAAAUGAAAGACGCGCGCCAGCUGUCUAAUAUUGUGCUGUGGAGGCACUUGCGACUCCAACUCUGUUCCGCCAACCUCCGACUGUGAACGAGACGUUUAACUUAGCUUGAGAAUUUGAUGCGAAGGUAACGGAAGGUGUCCAGCCAAGACGAGCGUACGUAUUUCUAAAGUCUGGGAGGCGUCGCCGUCUUUUACUCGGCAGUAUUUUUGGGGAGCUGACGAGUUUUCCGUUUUCCCGGGUAUCGUGAAGGCAGCGCGGUUCGCACCGCGCGCCGAUUGGCCGCAAUCGGUCGCCGCGGUAACGAGUCUCGGAAGGGACUCGCGCCGUCUGGCUUUCGGAACUCGCCGCCGUCGGUAAUCCCAGCUAACGCGCUAAGUAGCUAACGCGCGACGAUUCGAUGGCGAACGGUUGAAAAACCCGCCACGUCGCCCCGAAAAGCGUCCAAAAGUUUCCCCGAGCGACGCGCGUGCGCGGCGGCGGCGCAAUGGGAAGACGAGGACAAAGUUGACAACUUGUUGACGGCUAGCAGCUCGCUUCGCCGUUAGCCUGCCAGUCGGCAAGUUGAGCGUCCAGCAGUUAGACGGAGCCCCAUGAGCCACGCCGCCCGCGGCCCGCUUUUGGCCGCCCUGUUCGGCGCGACGGAGGCCGACGCCGAACCGCCGGGAGCCGCGGAGUUGAUCAAAGAGCGCCUGUAUUUCGCCACGCUGCGAAGCAAACCCAAAAGCACGGCCAACACGCACUACUUCUGCACGGACGACGAGUUUGUCUACGAGAAUUUCUACGCCGACUUUGGCCCUCUCAACUUGGCCAUGUUGUACCGAUACUGCUGCAAGCUCAACAAGAAGCUCAAGUCGUUCGCGCUGAGCCGGAAACGCAUCGUGCACUACAGCAGCUUCGACCAGAGGAAGCGCUCCAACGCGGCCGUGCUCAUCGGCGCAUACGCGGUGAUCUACUUGAAGAAAACGCCGGAAGAGGCUUACAGAGCUUUGGUGUCGGGAUCCAACGCCUCCUACCUGCCCUUCAGGGACGCGUCCUUUGGGAAGUGCACCUUCAACCUGAGCGUCCUGGACUGUCUGCUGGGCAUCCGCAAGGCUCUCCAACACGGCUUCUUCGACUUUGAGUCUUUCGACGUGGAUGAGUACGAACAUUACGAGCGCGUGGAGAACGGCGACCUGAACUGGAUCGUGCCGGGGAAACUUUUGGCCUUCAGCGGCCCGCAUGCCAAAAGCAAAAUGGAGAACGGUUACCCGCUCCACGCGCCCGAGUGGUACUUCCCGUACUUCCGGCAGCGCGGCGUGGUGGCGGUGGUGCGUCUGAACAAGAAGAUGUACGAGGCGGCCCGCUUCGCCGACGGCGGUUUCCGCCACUGGGACCUCUUCUUCCUGGACGGCAGCACGCCGGGCGAGGCCAUCACGCGGCGCUUCCUGGCUCUGUGCGACGCCACGCCCGGCGCCCUGGCCGUGCACUGCAAAGCCGGCCUGGGCAGGACGGGCACGUUGAUCGGCUGCUACCUGAUCAAGCACUACCGCUUCAGCGCCGCCGAAGCCGUCGCCUGGAUCCGCAUCUGCAGGCCGGGCUCCAUCAUCGGACCUCAGCAGCACUUCCUGCAAGAGAAGCAGGCGUGGCUUUGGUUGCUAGGAGACCGUCAGCGCUCGCAGGGGUCAAAGGCCGCAGAGGACGACCACGUGGGCCAGCUGAUGUCCCGCGUGGAGGGCCUCGCCUUGAACGGCGCCGCUCGACCUCCGCUCGGCGAGGACCGCCCGCGCGAGGUAAACGUGCCCGUCGACAUCUUAUGCACGCCGCCAAACUUUUUCUCACCGCAGGAGGACGCCGGCGAGCGGUCGCCUCCGACUCAGGGAGACAAACUGCGAGCCCUAAAAGGUCGCCGACCCCUCCGUUCCGCCGCCUCUCCGGCUUUCAGGGAGGAGCAGCGCGGCGGGACGCCGACACGGCCCAUCAGACUGCGGGCGGGCGCCGACGGGGGCUCCGCCUCCUCACCGCCGAAGUCGCCGGCGGCCUCCGCUUCGGCCGCGGCCAAGAGGAUCGCUCGCGGCGCGUCGUCGUCGGCGAGCGGCUUGAGCUCCCGAUGGGCCGUCUCGCUCGGCGACGUGUACGCCGCGCGGGCGCCGCCUUCUUCGGCGGCCCCGCGUGCUUACGCCAGCUCGUUGAUGCCGGGACGCCGCCUGAGCCUCUCCGUUCCUUCGCUCCAGUCGAACUGCGUCGACUUCUAGAAGGUCCAACGUGCCCUGAAGGCACGGCGGCGGCAAAAGAAGAAAGCCGACACGAUCGGGAUCAGCUCGGGGAGCGAGUCGUCCCUUUUGGGCGGCGUGGUUUUUGCGAUGACGUCACAGGCAAAGCCCGACGAGCCAGCAACUUUGGACUUGUGAGCAGGUGACGCGGCGUUGCGCAACGCUAGCCGUUAGCCGAAGGAGGAAGACCGGUUUGAAGUCACCUUUGAUUGGAAUGUUGUUGUUGUUUUUUUUAGCCGAGUUACUUUGUUGAAUUUUGUGCUGGUGCGCGGCUCCGUGACCGACCAGCACGGGGCCGAUCUUCUACCUCUUCCGUGUCGUUUGUUGCAGCAAAAUAAGGUCACGCUCUCGCUCGCAAUUUUACAUUCUCGUGUUUGAAGUUUGUUUGCUAGUCGCGGUGGUGAUGAUGAUGAUGAUGAUGAUGAAGAUGAAGAAGUGCCAUAAUGAAUCAUGUGGAAGCGUUUCUCCAAAAGGAGAACGGCCCGCCCGGGCUUUUAUUUUGAAGGGAAGCUGCUUUUUGAUGUUUGGAAUAUACUGGGGGAGGGGGGAGAGAUUUAUUUUCUUGAAGGAAAUAAAUGAUUUUUGUCGA